AGCGCGCUCGAGAGGGAGGGCAGGCAAGCGGCUCCCGGGAGCGGGGACGAGCGGAGGCAGCUGGCGGCGAAGAGGGAGCGGGCGCGGGCGAGGUGGGAGCGGCGCGGCGCGGCGCAGGCGAGCCUGGGACCCCGAGCGCGCGCACUUUCCCGCAAAGUGCCAACUUCCCCGGAGAGUGCCAGGCGCACCUUCUGGGUGCGGGGGAAAGUCAGCGGGAAUUUGAGAUUUUAGGGAAGAAAGUCGGAUUGCCCCCUUCCCCUUUUCCUUGUUACGAAUUCCCAUUAAAAGGAAAAACAAGAAUAACAGCAAACUUACUAUAAUCCUAUCGGUCCACCACUGCUGGCACCAUGAAGGCGGCCGUCGAUCUCAAACCGACUCUCACCAUUAUCAAGACGGAAAAAGUCGAUCUGGAGCUUUUCCCCUCCCCGGAUAUGGAAUGUGCCGAUGUCCCACUGUUAACUCCAAGUAGCAAAGAAAUGAUGUCUCAAGCAUUGAAAGCUACUUUCAGUGGUUUCUCGAAAGAGCAGCAAAGACUGGGAAUUCCAAAAGACCCCCGGCAGUGGACAGAAACCCAUGUUCGGGACUGGGUGAUGUGGGCUGUGAAUGAGUUCAGCCUGAAGGGUGUGGACUUCCAGAAGUUCUGUAUGAACGGAGCAGCUCUCUGUGCACUGGGGAAAGACUGCUUUCUCGAGCUGGCCCCAGACUUCGUUGGGGACAUCUUGUGGGAACAUCUUGAGAUCCUGCAGAAAGAGGAUGUGAAACCAUAUCAAGUUAAUGGAGUCAACCCUACCUACCCAGAAUCCCGUUAUACCUCGGAUUACUUCAUUAGCUAUGGUAUCGAGCAUGCUCAGUGUGUUCCUCCCUCGGAAUUCUCAGAGCCUAGCUUCAUCACAGAGUCCUACCAGACACUCCAUCCCAUCAGCUCAGAGGAGCUCCUCUCCCUCAAGUAUGAGAACGACUACCCCUCAGUCAUUCUCCGGGACCCUCUGCAGACAGACACCUUGCAGACUGACUACUUUGCCAUCAAACAAGAAGUUGUAACACCAGACAACAUGUGCAUGGGGAGGACCAGUCGUGGUAAACUCGGGGGCCAGGACUCUUUUGAGAGCAUAGAGAGCUACGAUAGUUGUGAUCGCCUCACCCAGUCCUGGAGCAGCCAGUCAUCUUUCAACAGCCUGCAGCGUGUUCCCUCCUAUGACAGCUUCGACUCCGAGGAUUAUCCAGCUGCCCUGCCCAACCACAAGCCCAAGGGCACCUUCAAGGACUAUGUGCGUGACCGUGCUGACCUCAACAAGGACAAGCCUGUCAUUCCUGCUGCUGCCCUGGCUGGCUACACAGGCAGCGGACCGAUCCAGCUGUGGCAGUUUCUUCUGGAAUUACUCACUGAUAAAUCCUGUCAGUCUUUUAUCAGCUGGACAGGAGAUGGCUGGGAAUUCAAGCUUUCUGACCCAGAUGAGGUGGCCAGGAGAUGGGGAAAAAGGAAAAACAAACCUAAGAUGAAUUAUGAGAAACUGAGCCGUGGCCUUCGCUACUAUUAUGACAAAAACAUCAUCCACAAGACAGCGGGUAAACGCUACGUGUACCGCUUCGUGUGUGACCUGCAGAGCCUCCUGGGAUACACGCCCGAGGAACUCCAUGCCAUGCUGGAUGUCAAGCCCGAUGCUGAUGAGUGAUGGACACCAAAGGGGCUGGGGAAACUCCCCUGAGACAUUUCAAAGAACAACCACGUCGGUUGGACUCUUAAUUUUUAAUUGUUAUUCUAUUUUUAAUUUUCCUGAACUCAUUUUUUACAUUCAGGGGUGGGAGCUAAGUGAGUUGCAGCUAUAAUCAAUUGUAUAUGGUUGGAAACAGAGAGCCAGGAAUGGUGGGGUGGGUGGGACAAGAAAUUCUUGAGCAAAGGUUCAGGACAGAGAGAAGGGUCUUAGAAGCUUGAAGAAUCUGGCUCAAGUAUCCAAUCGUUUUUUAAAAUCCUCCAUGGAAAAAUUGUGUCUCGAGUUAUGGACCUAUUAGCGAAAGAAACUGAGACAUUAGGAGUCAUGUGACUGAGGAAAGGCAAUUCAUUUGCUUGUUUUAGGUCUGGUCAGCCAAAAAAGAGGGAAAUGGGGUAGAACAUUUUGUUUGUUGGGGGGGAAGGGGUGCACUAAAACCCAAGGACUCUUUACCUUUUACUCUACUUUUAAAACAAAGAUGGACUUCAGUGGGGAGGGGCCAAAAUUGUUUCUGUGUUAAAAUUUAUUUUAUUAAAUUUUGUGCCAGUAUUUUUUUUUCUUUCUUAAAAAUCGUCUUAAGCUCUAAGGUGGUCUCAGUAUUGCAGUAUCAUGCAAGUUUGUUUUUAUUUGCCGGCUAACGAUUCUGUCAUAGUGAAAGAAAACUGUUUAUAUAGACCCCACUGGAAAUGCAAAGUGCUGUCACUGAGAUUGGGGAUCCCAAAUUCCUGUGGCUUAUAUAUGAAGGGAAAAAUAAUGCUGAUUUGGGUACAAGGGAACUGUGUGUGUAAAUUUCAUCUAUAAUUUAAAAAAUUUAUCAUCACACCACUCUACUUAUUUGUGGAUUCUUGGGGUUUAAACUUAAUGUUGAGCUAAGAAGUGUUAAGUCAUUGAACUGAAUGUAUUUUUCAGCCCUGGUUUUGGACCACAGCAAAUGUA